AUGGAUAUUUCCAACAUGGCCAGCAAGAUCAAAUACGAGCAGGUCGGCGACAACACCAGCGAUGAUGAAAAUGACUAUCGCCCACAAGCACCGCAACGGCGCCGCUGGCUUCCCACAGUGAGCGCCUUUGUCCUCGGCCUCGCGACCAUGGGCAUGGUAUUUUCCAUCUAUUCUACCCUUUCCUCCACACCAAAGCACUCGCACGCACGCAUCAUCCCCCAGGCGCAAAACGGCACCGACCCCACGACCGGUCUCCCGCUGGCCUGGUCGCACGGCGACUGCGGCAACUCGCCCGAGGACGCCAAAGCGCGCGGCUGCAAGUACAGCAUCGUGCUGCACUCGUGGCUGCCCGAGGCCUGCCUGACGGCCGCCGACGACGAGGACGCCCGGGACAUGUACAAGGACCGGCACUGGCGCUACGGCACGUCGUCGGGCCACAACAUGACGGUCGAGGAGCUCGGCGCGGGCGACUACGGCUACUUUGACACGUCGUUUGACUGGCACGUCACGCACUGCAUGUACGUGUGGAAGCGCCUGCACAGGAUCCUGCUGGACCCGGCGCAGCAGCUGGACACGUACACGGCCAACUAUCACCACACGAGCCACUGCGUCAAGAUGAUUGGCGGCCACCCAGACGGCAUGAAGGACUCGGGCACCAAGAUCUUUGUCAAGUAUCCGAAAUGUGCGAAAUAG